GAUGGUUGUCUAUGAGUGCUGUCCAGGCUACAUGAAGCUGGAAGGCAUGAAAGGAUGCCCUGCAGUGGCCCCUAUAGACCAUGUGUAUGGCACAUUGGGCUUGGUGAAGGCUAAGACAACCCAGAAGUACUCAGCCCUCUCUAAGCUGAGGGAGGAGAUUGAAGGGAAGGGAUCGUUCACUAUGUUUGCCCCUAGCGACGAGGCCUGGGACCUGCUGGACCCUGAGGUGCGUGGUGCCUUGGUGAGCAACGUGAACAUCGAGCUGUACAACGCCCUGCACUACCACAUGGUCAACCAUCGCAUGCUAACUAAAGACCUGAAGAAUGACAUGUCUAUCACCUCCAUGUACAACAACCUAGGACUCUACAUUAAUCACUACUCAAAUGGGAUCGUCACGGUGAACUGUGCCAGGAUUAUCCAUGGUAACCAGGUGGCUACCAAUGGAGUGGUUCAUGUCAUCGACCGUGUCAUCGCUAACGUGGUCAACACCCUCCAGGACGCCCUGGGAGUUGAUGACGACCUCUCCUCCUUCAGCGCUGUAGCCUUGGCCUCAGGUGUGAUGGAAAGGCUGGGCCAGCCAGGUCACUUCACCCUGUUCGUUCCCACCGAUGAUGCCUUCAGGAACCUUGAGGACGGCUUCCUGGAACGCAUUAUGGGAGACAAGGCUGCUAUCACAGCCCUGGUCAACUACCACCUGUUGAACAGUGUGCAGUGCUCUGAGGCCAUCUUGGCAGGCUCCGUGCACGAGACGGCAGAGGGAAGCACCGUUGAGAUCGGCUGUGACGGAGACAGCCUGACGGUCAACGGUAUCAAGAUGGUCCUGAAGAAAGACAUUGUCACCACCAACGGAGUCAUCCACCUCAUCGACCGGGUCCUCAUACCUGACUCAGCCAAGGAGGUGAUGGAGCUGGUUGGUGAAUCCCAGAGCACCUUCAGAGACAUGGUGUCAGAGCUCGGCCUAUCAGCUGCAAUGAAGCCAGAGACAGAGUACACUCUAUUGGCUCCCCUUAACCCAGCUUUCUCUGAUGAGGUGAUGUCUUUAGACCAGAGCCUGUUGAAGGUGAUCUUGGAGAACCACAUUCUGAAGCAAAAACACAAACUGAGUGAACUCUACAACGGACAGCUGUUGGAGACCAUCGCUGGAAAACAACUGCGGGUCUUCAUCUACCGCACUGCUGUGUGUAUAGAGAAUGCCUGCAUGGUGCGGGGCAGUAAAGAGGGCAGCAACGGAGCUCUUCAUCUGAUGAGUUCACUCAUCAAACCAGCUCAGACCACCAUCUACCAGGUUCUCAUGGCAGAGGGACGCUUCAACAUCUUCCUGUCUCUGAUGAAGAGCGCAGGUCUGACAGAGCUGUUGAAACAGGAGGGCUCCUACACCGUGUUCGCACCCACAGACGAAGCCUUCGACGGGCUCACAGAACGGGACAUCACGCUGCUGGCCAGCGACGUGAACGCUCUGAGGACCAUCCUCCUGUACCACUUCAGUAACGGAGUGUUCAUCAACGGCGGACUGGAGGGAGGGGUCACCAACCUGCUCAAGACCAUCCAGGGACACAACCUGCAAGUGCUGUCUGUGAACAAGUCCAUCCACGUGAACUCGCUGGACGUGCCGGACAUUGAUCUGAUGGCCACCAACGGAGUGGUUCACGUAGUGAAGAACAUCCUUUACCCCGGGGACCUGCCUGUGGGUCGUGAGUCUCUGCUGGAGCUGCUGAAGAAACUCAUCAAGCACAUCCAGUUCAAGUACGUCUCUGGAUUCUCCUACACCAAAAUCCCCCUCACCUUCAUCAAGAGGACAAUCACCACGACAACUCAGGUCCAAGCGGAAUCACACGUGGAUUCAGUGCCUGAAAUCACCAAGGUGACCAGAGUCAUCACAGGAGAGCCGACCUUCACCAAGGUUACGAGGGUCAUCGAGGGCGAACCCACUAUCACCAAGGUUACCAGGGUCAUCGAGGGCGAACCCACUAUCACCAAGGUUACCAGGGUCAUCGAGGGCAAACCCGCUAUCACCAAGGUUACGAGGGUCAUCGAGGGCGAACCCGCUAUCACCAAGGUUACGAGGGUCAUCGAGGGCGAACCUGCUAUCACCAAGGUUACCAGGGUCAUCGAGGGCAAACCCGCUAUCACCAAGGUUACCAGAGUCAUCAAGGGCGAACCCGCUAUCACCAAGGUUACCAGAGUUGUCAAGGGCGAACCCACAAUCACCAAGGUUACAAGAGUCGUCGAGGGUGAGCCUACCCUCAACAAGGUGAAAAGGGUAAUCGAGGGAGAACCCGCUAUCACCAAGGUUACCAGGGUCAUCGAAGGACUGCCUUCCAUCACAAAGGUCACCAGAGUUAUUGAGACUCACCGUGGUUCCUCAGAUGGAAGGCUGGAGACUGAAGGAGACAUCAACAAGAUGCUUGAAGAAGGUGGAACCGGACACACAACGGUCACCAAGAUCAUCGGGCCUCACAUCAUUGAGGGCCCGGAAUUCUCUAAGAUCACCACCAUCCACGGCAAUCCGGAAAUGAUCGACCAAGAGUCAGAGAGGAUCACCAAACUAAUCCAAGGUGGAGGUAGUAUGCGGGCCCCUGCCAAAAGAGCUCCUGUUGGUGUAAGGAGGAGGAAGGUAAGGCUGGUAAGACGCCACAACAACCAAAAGUCACAUCCAGCCAAGACCAGUCCAUACCAGUCCAGGCCUGACCAGUCCAAACCAGUAAAACCAAACCAGCAAAGACCAAUCCAGACCAGUCCAGACCAGUAAAAACCAGUAAUGACCAGUCUAGACCUAUCCAGACCAGUAAAAAACGGUAAUGACCAGUCCAGACCAGUAGAACCGGUAAUGACCAGUCCAGUCCAGUAAAAACCGGUAAUGACCAGCCCAGACCAGUAAAAACCGGUAAUGACCAGUCCAGACCAGUAAAAACCGGUAAUGACCAGUCCAGACCAGUAGAACCGGUAAUGACCAGUCCAGUCCAGUAAAAACCGGUAAUGACCAGCCCAGACCAGUAAAAACCGGUAAUGACCAGUCCAGACCAGUAAAAACCGGUAAUGACCAGUCCAGACCAGUAGAACCGGUAAUGACCAGUCCAGUCCAGUAAAAACCGGUAAUGACCAGCCCAGACCAGUAAAAACCGGUAAUGACCAGUCCAGACCAGUAGAACCGGUAAUGACCAGUCCAGUCCAGUAAAAACCGGUAAUGACCAGCCCAGACCAGUAAAAACCGGUAAUGACCAGUCCAGACCAGUAAAAAACGGUAAUGACCAGUCCAGACCAGUAGAACCGGUAAUGACCAGUCCAGUCCAGUAAAAACUGGUAAUGACCAGCCCAGACCAGUAAAAACCGGUAAUGACCAGUCCAGACCAGUAAAAACCGGUAAUGACCAGUCCAGACCAGUAAAAACCGGUAAUGACCAGUCUAGACCAGUAAAAACCGGUAAUGACCAGUCCAGACCAGUAAUGACCAGUCUAGACCAGACUAGCCCUGCAGGAAUAUCUUUCCAGAUCACCAUAGAGACACUGCAAGGAGCUCGCCAAGGUACACAGCAACACAAAAACACUUUCUAAGUUCCCUUGAUGGGAAACUAAAGGAAGAACCCAUGUGGAACAUCUAUAACAAUCAACUAAGCUACCUGGGCAGCAAAAGACGUUGAAAAGACGUUGGAAAUACGCAUUUCUUUGGUUGAAAAGACGUUGGAAAUGCGCAUUUCUUUGGUUGAAAAGACGUUGGAAAUGCGCAUUUCUUUGGUUGAAAAGACGUUGGAAAUACAUAGUUUGGGCCAAUACAACUGGGCCAAUGGUGUCGGACAUGAUAUGUUUUAACAAUACUAAGAGAAUCAGUAAUCCUUACAUGUAAUGUAUGCGAAGAAAUGUACUUUUAUGAACUUUUAUGAACUUUUAUCAACUUUUGCUUUGGUGUGGAUUAGGUAGAACAUUGGAAAUAAAAAUUGAACGGUGGAAAAAAUAAACGUUUGUUUGUUUUUGGUUAAACACAUGAUUUAAUAGGGGAAGACAUUUUGUACUCUUUUAUUAUGGCGCUGGCAUUCUGUAUUGUGCAUCUCGACCAAUAGAAAUGAAGCACUCUGUCUUAUGGAUGCUUCUUGACCAAUAAGAAUGGAGCGUUCUGUUUUAUGGAUGCAAUCUCAACCAAUAGAAAUGAAGCAUUCUGUCUCACGGUUGCUUCUUGACCAAUAAGAAUGAAGCAUUCUGUUUUAUGGAUGCAUCUCAACCAAUAGAAAUUAAGCAUUCUGUCUCAGGGUUGCUUCUUGACCAAUAAGAAUGAAGCAUUCUGUUUUAUGGAUGCAUCUCAACCAAUAGAAUUUAAGCAAUACUUUUUAUCCUUUAAAGAUGCUGUAAUUAUCAAAACUUGACAAACCAACCAGAUUUUUUUUGUUUUACUUAGUUUUUAGUUUUUCCUGUUUCGAUGACUGUUUUCUGAUUAAUUUGUUGGGGUUCGUUAUUGAUUGAGACUGUUCAGGUGUACAAUAAGGCAUAAGACCUACCCAACAUAAGACCUACCCAACAUAAGACCUACCAAACAUGUUUUGGAAAUAAAUGUUCAAUAAAUGUUUUUUUAUCAUG